ACAAUCAAUGCCGUACCUACCCCACCACCAAAGUUGUUAUACCAUCUUCGCCCCUGUAUUUGUCUUUCCGGCGAAUCCAAAUAUUCUUCUGUCUUUUCUUUGCCGAAAACGAAAGCCACACCCGCCUGCACAAAAGCUGGGCAUUGAGCGACCUACACUUUUACUCAUUUUUCUCUGUUGGAAUUCUAUCCCGCUACUCUGACUCUUGUCCGGAACGAGUUUAGUUUCCCGAUCCAGGGUCUUCAACUACCCAACCCAAGCAACAGUGGACCUGACUUUGCCUCCUUAUGAUCUAAAUUUUCCUCAUCUUUGAAGUGACUGCUAUAUAAACACCCCACAAACUCUGCAUGGAAAAUUCAGUCUCUAAUCCGUUGUCAAUAGGAAAUUCUGGUACAAACUGUGCCAUGAUCAGUAACAAACAUUCAAAAAGACAUGCCAUCUCUUCCGGUUCAAAAUAUUUUGCACGUCAAUCUUCAGGCAGGAUAUCUUUGUUUGGUGGUGGGAAAUUGAGAAAGGGAUCUGGUUGUCAGAUAGCACUAUUCUUAUUGAAAGUUGCUGCUUUGGAGAGUGUAAGAAGGAUCUCAAAGUCAAGAUGUCCCCCAGUGUGGUCUAGCCUCCAGGCUUUACAAGUCAUCUGUUAUCCUCCAUUUAAAUGGAUCCAGAAGUGGGCUCCCUUUGGAAUGCUGGUUAAAGGCAUGCAGAUGUUAUCCCGACCACUACUGGUGCUAUCUAUUGCCACAGCUUUCUCUGAUAAUCCAGAAUGUAGUAAUUCCACUACAGAAAGUAAUGAAGUUGAUCACGGUAAUGAUGAUUCCUAUGGUGUUUGCGAAAUUCAGCCAGAGUUAUCCUCUAUUCAGCCUUUGGCCUCUGCAAGUGCUGAGGAUGAUCUUCCUGUACUGCCUGCCAGUUGGCUAUCUCAGCUGCAUAAAGAGCUGGAAGAGCAGGGAAUUACUUUGAGAGAUAGAAUUAGUGAAGAAGACAUCCAUAGAUUUUAUAUUGCUGCAGACGGCGACUUUUCACGACUACUUUCAUCUAUAAAGAAAACUAUCCAAUGGAGAGAGACUUAUAUAAUUCUUUCUUGUCAAGAACUUGAGAUGUGGUCCAGUCUGGUAUUUUGGCAUGGAUUUGAUGUGAAGCAGAAGCCUCUCCUGAUAGUACGGCUUGGUUUAGCUUGCGGUAGCUUGCCAUUUCGUGAUCGGCAACGCUUUGGUCAAGCAAUUGUAUCUCAGGUGUAUCACGGGAUCAUGCAUCUAGUGAACAGAGACAAUCCUCAAAUAACUGUCUUGGUUGACUGUGAAGGCUUGUCCCCUUUCAGACUUCCUAUGCAGAUGCUAAAAACCUGUUCUACUCUUCUGCAAACCCACUUCCCCAACUCCCUGGGAAGCUUAUUUGUUAUAAGGCUUCCAUCUAUUGUUCGAGUGUUUGCACAAACUUUCCUGCAGGUUUUAAAACCCACCACUAGGCAAAAACUGAGAUUUUUAGGGGAGACUUAUCAGAAGGUUCUUCUCUCUGAGUGUACAGAGAAACUCCCAUCAUAUCUUGGUGGGUCCUGCAAAUGCUCAAGAUGUGACAUUGGCAGCGUGCAUGUCGAAGAUGAGGAUGACAGCGAAACUAGGGAUACGUCUGAUUCCGAUACGAACAAUGAAGAGGAGGAUAUCCCAUCAUCUCUUUUAGGCGACAGGAUAGACAAUGUAUCAUAUGAUCAUCAGGUGCUCAGAAUGACUAUGCUGGGUUUUCUUAUAUUUGGAGUACUCUUAUAUCUUUUUAAUUAUUAUUAUUAUUAUUAUUAUAUUUCUGGAACCUACAGUCCAGAAAGCAGCCCUGUUGUACCUCUUUGAGGUAAAUGUUGAAUAUAGAUAUUUAGUUCCUUUGGAUUAUAAGUGUGGACUGACGGACGACUGGCAUUGUAAGGCCUUCAAUUUGUGUGAAAUGAAG